AUGAACAAGAUCGAAGCAAUCUUCCGCCCCGAACGAUUGAACAACGUAAAGGAUGCGCUCAGCGAAGUGGGAAUCGUGGGAUUGACUGUAACCCAGGUUACUGGCCGCGGCGCCCAGGGCGGCGUCGAGGUCACGGCAGCCCGUGGCCUGGGCACCUUUCGCAUUGAUAUGCUCCCCAAGGUCAAAUUAGAGGUCGUGGUUAACGAUCCCGAUACCGACCGCGCCGUCGAUGUGAUCCGCACCAAUGCCAUCACUGGCAACCCGGGCGACGGCAAGAUUUUUAUCUAUCCGGUUAGCGAUGCAAUUCGCAUUCGCACCGGGGGGCAUGUCGUGGGCAUCGCCCGCAUCGUCCGCGAAGGCUACCCCGACACUACGGCGUGGGACUCAAAUUCGCGUUACUACGAUCCCAAAUCAGACCCGGCCAACCCAACCUGGAUGAUGGUGGACAUCAAGGCCGACCGCCGCCUUCCCCGUUUCAUCAGCCUCAAUGAACUCAAGGCCAACCCCUCCCUGGUCGAUAUGAUGGUCACCAAACGGGGCCAGCGUCUAUCCGUCCAACCGGUCAAGCCCGAGGAAUGGUCCGAAGUCAUCGCUAUGGCCGAACGCUCCGAGGACUGA